AUGAAGCUCCAGUUCAUCUUCGUUGGAUUGAUAGCCACUCUCGCUAGCGCUCGUGUUGUCGUGUCUCCGAGCCCAUCACCUGAAAACGUCACUCAUGUCAACGUCACCCUUGCUGAUGUUGCGUCUAUUGACUCAGACUCUUCCUCUACAGCUUAUACUUUUGCUGAACCAACCAAGUUCGAAAAGUCUGCUGAAAUCGGACGUACGCUCGAUGCGGCCAUGAAGUCCAAAGACAGCAUCGCCCGAUGGUUCUUCAAGGACUUUCCCAACUUUCAAGAGACAUGCCAGAGUCCCUUCGACGGUGAUGGGCGGGAAGAGCUAGCGAGGUGGGGCUUCGACGACAGCGAGAAGUUGAGGAAAGAGGUUGAAAAGGAGUGCGACUUCGACGCGUAUCAUGGUAUCAAGCCUGCUUUUGAUGAGGUAGGCUUGGACACCAAGGCAGAGAAAGAUGGUGGACCGAACAAGUGUUUCAAGAUCAACCAUCGUGAUGGUUCUGCUAUCAAAAGACUCCCGGAUGGGUCUCUCCCUCUCGAAUCAAAACAGUACUAUGAUGUGUGCGGUAAGGAGUAUAGGGCAACAGGUGCUACAUACGAGUUCGCUGUCAAUCCGAAUGGACUCGUCGCUCUCAUGAACAUCAUGAGCUUGAGUUUCUGCGCCGAAAAGUUCACCUGGUUUCGGAAGCCACUCCCCGAAGAGCUGCCCCAUAUCGGCACACCCUCAGAUAUAGCAUGGGCUGUCUGGAACAGAGCUGGUGCUUCCAACAUUGCCGAUGUCAAGUACCUCCUUGUGACACAGAUUAUGAACCCAACUUCUCGAGAUAUCAUCAGAACAGCGCUUGGAACUCUGCAGCCUCCUCAUAGUGAAACCCAAGUCUGGCCGGGUAGUGACUUCACCAUAGAUACGGUUGGAGGCAGAGCAAUCUUGGGGUCGCCGAUUGGACGAUGGGCUGGAUACUUCCUCUUACAGCACAAGAAGCAACUCGGUGGCAAUCGAUUCAUUUCAAAGGUCAGAGCCUUUCGGCCCAACACCGGUUCUCUCCCGUAUCUCGUCUUCUAUGUAGAUCCCACGCCAGCUGGACCUGGUGCAGCUGCAGAAGUAGUGCCUCAUGAACUAGCAGGACUGGACGGUGGCCUUGAGAGAAUCGGAGAGCCCGAUGGUACGAAUUCAUCACAUAUUGUAGAAAGGAUUGCUGAUGGGAAGCACUUUGUGCGAGAGCAUAUUCUCCAUGCCGGGACUUAG